CCAGGCAAAGGCAGUCAGGCAGGCAGGGAACGGACCUGCCCUCGUCUCACGCCUCACUGGCUCCUGGUGCGCGCUGACUGGAGACACUCGGGAGUCAGAGACGGUGGCCACUUUUCUUCCCCAGCAUCAAGAACGCACGCAAGCAUUUUGGGAGCCCCUUGAAACCCAUUCCCUGCGAUCAGGACUUCCACUUCCACGGUAGCCCCUCCAACACCUCAGUCCCUUCUCUCCUCUGCCUUCAGUCAGGGGCCCUGGCCCGAGGGGCAUCCAAGUCUGCGUGCGCGAUCCCCAGGUCUCUCUCCAUCCCUUUCUCACGGGCUCUCUAGAGAGCAAGGGCUCCGGGAUGAGCCUUUGAGGGUCCGGGCCACCUGUGCUACUGCAGGGACCUCUGGUGACCUGAAGACGAGCUGUAGCAGCGGAGGCAGCGUCACUAACGGUGGAUGCUAACUCCCUUCUCAGUCCCCCGGAUUGACAUGGAUGAGGCUUGUUCAGGCAGCUUGCGGUAGCAAGGAGCAGAACCUGGAAGCUAAGUUGGAAAACAGCCAGCUGUAUUUCCGCCCCACGAGGAAGAUCAGUAAGCAUGAAGAGCCCUUUGUCUGGUAUGAUGAAGAGCUUUCGAGAUUCCUAGGUUUCCAGGAAAUUAAAGCCAGAGCUUUCCAUAAAGACUAUAGAUGCCCAGAAUGCAGCCAUACCUUUCAGUGUGAGCACUCCUAUCUCUGAUACAUUUGCUUCCUGGGUUCUCCACAGAAAGUCCCCUUGGUAAUGAGCUCCCCGGAUCCCAAAGCUCCCCAUACCAGGAAUCUGGACCAAUCUACCAACUACCACAACCUAGCCAGAGACCUGGAGGUUAAAAUGGCCACCCGGAAAGAUAUUCCCAGCCCUUUGCCUGAAAAGAGAAUACAAACCAAUGAAGCUGAGCAGAGCCAGGUCCAGAAAAUUGUGUUACUGGAGAAAACAAACCAUUUGAUGAAGGGACUUCCCUCUGUUUCCUGCAGCAGGGAGGAUGGAGGGACUGAGCAUGUGUUGUCAGCUGCCAUAUGGAAGCUCAAUCCAGUGAAGCAGUCAUCCAAGAAGGCCCCCUGGGAGCAGAAGCCCAGUGCUUUUACUGAGGUCAAGAGACUAAAAGACAAACUUCAGAGCGAGAGAGCCAGAGAAGGGGACCACAGCCCUGACGCAGACCAACGUGGCAAAGGACAGCAGCCAAUGGAUUGUGUCCUGAGCGGGACAGGUAGCGCGUUCUCCUUUGUGUGGCCAGCCCGAGCCUUGGGUGAGCUGGGGAGCGCUUUCAGCAAACCAGUCAAGUAUCUGGCCCAGAGAACAGCAGUGAGCUCCCAGCUCCCAGUCAGCAACUCGGCAGAAACCCUGGGGGAUCUGUCAGGGUUCAUUAACACCAUGGAUGCUAUGUGUUGUGGAAAUCUUUUGAAUUCCAAGUUUUCCAUCAGCGAUUUGUGCAACUUGCAAAUGUUACAGGAAUGGGCCCCCCAGUGCAACACUUUCCCAUAUGCCUCGGAACUGUGGCCAAAGCCAGUAGCUCAGUUACACAUUUCUUCGUCGUCCCCCUCCUCUGCCCCAUCUUCCCCAUCUUUGAUGCUCCUGCCGCCCACGUUCACAUCCCUCGGCAUGGCUACCCAGAACUGGUGCGCGAAAUGUAACCUCUCCUUCCGCAUGACAUCCGACUUGGUUUUCCACAUGCGAUCCCACCACAAAAAAGAAUACUCCUCUUCUGAGGUGCAAGCCAAGAGGAGGAGGGAAGAAAAGCUGACCUGUCCAAUUUGCCACGAGUAUUUCCGAGAGCGCCACCAUCUAUCCCGGCACAUGACUUCUCACAAUUAGAGAUGCAGCCCGGGACUGAAUCAAUCACACUCCACGCGGUACUUGGAUGGCUCUGUUGCUGAAGGGAAGAAUGGUCUUUGAAUUCCUUUCUUUAAGGAAAUGACUAUUUGCAAUGACUGACAAAUGUCUCCUUGGUCAGAGAGAGAAUAUUUGCAAAAUUGGUCUUAGUUUUAAAAAGACAACUAAAUCAGAGUCACAGUGCUGUUGAAUUUAAAGGGAGCUUAGUGAUCAUCUUGUCCAACCCUUAUGUACAAGUCCUUGUAAAUAUAUAUUUUUAAGGAAUGAAAAUAGUGAAAUGAAGCUAAGAUUAUUAUUAAUUCUCAAUCAUUGUACUUUUCAGACCUGUUUGUUGGUAUAAUACAGACGGUGGAACAUUUUCAAGAGUGUGAAUUGUUUGAACCAAUCAUGUAGGAAAUGUCACUUCCAUUUCCACUUCCUCUUAAGUCAUUACAUUAAGUCAGACAUACAGAAGGCAGAAAAAUAGCACCAACUCUUUCCCUUCCAAAAAAACAUUAUGUCCAAAAACCCUAAUGAAUAAAUGUAUGCAGGAUGGAAAAGAGUUGUGAUUGGUAGCAAUAUAAAGAAAAAGAACUCUCUUAAGGGACUAGUUGGAAAUUCUUUUCCAGGGAUAUCUUUUCCCAAUGGUACAGGAGACAAUUUUCUUUCUCAACAAUCACAGAAAGCAAUAUUUCACUCUACCCAAAAAGUUGUUCCACACUUACAAAAACCCCUUGUUGGAAUUACCAUGCUUCCUUUCUAUUCACAGCACCCUAUUUUUCUUAGCUGGAGGUGUAUGUUCAGGGGAACCCACAAUCUCUCUCUCAG